ACUAUGCUCAGCAUAUGACUCCGGCAUGGCUCCAGUCGACCUCGGCAGCCUCUCCAGUAACUGGAAGAUCCUGCAACAGCGACUCAAGUCUUCAGCGCCAGCCGCAUCAUCAUCAUCAUCAUCAUCAAAGGACAAGAAGCCGGACGAGCACAAGCACGCCUCGCUCAAGCGCAAGAGGUCUCAGCAAGCCCCUGGGAAGCAGGGAGAUAGCUCUGCCAAGGCUGUGAAUGGCCCAGAGAACAACACACUGCCCAAGUCUCUGCCCGCGAGAAAGCGACAAAGGAUGGAGGAGCCAGCCUCGGUUGGCGCUUCAGUCAAGCAACACAACACCAAGACGCUCUCCAAGAGCACGUCGAUGCCCUCGCUUAAGAAGGCGCCCCUGCUCAGCGACUCCAAGGACGCUGCCGCCGCCGUCUCCAUCCUCGAGCCCCAUCCCGAUUUCCCCGAUGUCGAAAACGAAGGCGUGUCCGAGGUAGCGCUGCCGGGGAAAUACGUCGCAUUGGAUUGCGAAAUGGUUGGCGUGGGACCAGAGCCCAACCGCGACUCGGCCCUGGCGCGGGUAUCUCUGGUCAACUAUCAUGGGCACCAAAUCUACGAUUCCUACGUUCAAGUCCCUAGACACAUUGAGAUCACCGACUACCGAACUGCCGUCUCCGGCAUUGAACCCAAGCACAUGCGAAAAGACGUCGCGCGGCCCUUUGACGAAGUGCGCAACGACCUUAAGAUACUGCUCCAAGGGCGCAUACUGGUUGGACACGCUGUCAAAAACGAUCUCGACGUGCUCAUCCUGAAGCACGACAAGCGCUUGAUCCGCGAUACGUCCAAGUUCUCCAAAUUCCGGGAAUUGGCAUCAAUACCAGGGCGCACGCCAGGGCUGAAGCUGUUGGCAGAGAAGCUGCUUGGCGUGGAAAUACAAGUCGGUGCACAUAGCUCCGUGGAAGAUGCUAGGGCAACCAUGGCCUUGUUCAGGCUGGAAAAGCACAGCUUUGAGCAGGAGAUACGGCAAAAAUACGGAAACGUGCGUCUCGAGGCUCCGGCAGGAGAGGCCGACAUUGGCGGUGACGACGAAGCCAAGACGAAGAACAAGAACAAGAAGAAGAAAAAGAAGAAGAAGAAGAAGCACUAG